AAUCUAUGUGUCAAUCAUAGCUUUGUAGAUGACGCAAAAAGAGAAAAUAAACAAGGUUAUAAGCUGGGUCAGUAACAGCUUUGUUUGUACAGAAUAAAUCCAAGCAACUGAAGUUGAAAUGGGUAGAUCAAGGAAAAAGAAGUCGCUAGAUGCUCAAAAAAAAGAAGAGGAAGAAUUUGAAAAGUUCAAAAAGACCGUUGAAGCAGUGUACUCCAAAAUUGAUACAAAACAAGCACAAGGAUAUUUCCCGACAAAUCAACAAAAACCAGGAAAGAAAUAUGGGGUGAACUACAAUUACAUAAUUCAAAUAGUAAUGGAAUACAAAGAAUAUGACCCUAAAAAAAUAAUAAAAAGGUGUUCAAGGCAAGGAGUUUUUGGUGAAGCUUUGUUUCGCUGCAAGAAAUGCAGAAAGGGGUGGAAAUCUGCAUUUGGUUGGGCGGUAAUUGAUCUAAAGCGCCAGAAAGUUGCAAAGUUCUUCAAACAGGGAUGUCUUAGGUGUAUGCCUAAAUUGCAAUAUAAUGCAGGACCCUUUUUCACUGUGAUAGUAUUCAUAGGAAUGGUGCUCAAAGCACUUUUACAGUACGAGUACUACAUUCAGCGUAAGCAACCAAAUGAACCUGAUGGAAGUGAUGAUGGUGAGGAACAUGAACCUAAUGAUGACUCAACGCUUCAAAUAGAUGAUGGGCCUCACAAAAAAGAAUGGUGUGAGAGAUGUGUUUACAAGAGAGGCAAAUGCUGGAUACAUGGGAAGCAAUGUAUUGUAGAUGAAAGAGAAAAAAGAGAAAUAGAGUCAAUUCUGGAACAUGAUGAUGAAAAAUAUGUGCCAGUUGGGCUAAACAAGGAUGAUGAUGAUGAUGCAAGGAAGCGUGGCAAAGGGAGAAAAUUGGCAAAUGUCCAAGCUGAGGGUGAUGCUGUAGCUCCCUCUAGGAAUGUCCAUGAACCAUAGUAUGGUGGCAGCGAGACUGUAAAUCCUUCUUUGUUUUAAGGAAGAUGAAUAUAUUGCUUUCUAUUUUAAGAACUAUACAUACAUAUGUGUACAUAUACAUAUUCUACCCUCUACAGAACAUUUACAAUAUUGAACACCCUGCUGGACUGUAGCCCAAAAUAUCGGUGUUACUUAAAAAAAUCACCACGUAUCUGGCGAUAACUUUCACAAUGGUAUAUAACACAAUUUAUCCAAUGGACACACAGCAGUCUAACUUUUUGUAAAUCAAAAAAAAGAUACCACUUGUUUAUUAUGAAAAUAAAGAGAAGGAUGGAUCUGCCCUUAAAUUCUGUGGAGCAAAACUUGAACUUGUACUAAUAUCAAACUCAAAAAAGGACUCCAAGACCAGCUUAAUUCACUAUUCAAAUAUUGUACAGAAUACUGUUAAUACAGUCAAAACCAAAGCUCUGCUGUUUAAUAAUCAAAGCAUUGCACAGGUCAAUGAAUAUAAAUAUC